CUGAGCGGCUGGCUGAGCGCAUCCUGUAACACAUCUAUGAAGCGCUUCGCAGCGACGCACGCGACACCGGACUCAUACUCUUUUUUUAAAUGCUCUGUCUGUGUGUUUCUUUCCCUUUCAUCCACGUAUGUUUCAUUAAGAAGGAAGUAGACAUUUUUUACUUUGCUUUUCCUCGGAGUGCGCAGCCUGUCUCCAGAUUUGAAACCAACCAAGGUUUAAAAUGAACAAAGGACUUGAGGACAACUUGACUCAACUCUAUGACAACUGGACAUUUUACAACUCCUCGGUGGAGUCCUUCAUACCGAGGAACAACGUCACCUAUGUUGGAUUUUACCUGCACCAGCCGUCCACCGCAUCCAUCUUCAUCGUGUCCUACCUGCUGAUCUUCCUCGUGUGCAUGGUGGGAAAUGGAGUGGUGUGCUUCAUUGUGCUGAGGAGCAAAAACAUGCGGACUGUCACCAAUUUGUUCAUCUUGAACCUUGCUGUGAGCGACCUCCUGGUUGGGAUUUUCUGCAUGCCCACAACACUUCUUGACAACAUAAUUACAGGAUGGCCUUUCGGAAGCCUGGUCUGCAAGAUGAGCGGCAUGGUCCAGGGGAUCUCUGUGUCAGCAUCCGUCUUCACUCUGGUUGCUAUUGCUGUAGACAGAUUCAGAUGCAUUGUCUACCCAUUCAAGCAAAAGCUGACUAUAUCCACAGCCUCCUUGAUAAUAGUCAUUAUCUGGGUUCUGGCCAUAUCCAUCAUGUGUCCAUCUGGGGUGAUGCUACAAGUUACCAAGGAGCACACCAUUCGAGUUUUACUGGGUUAUGACAACAAAACAAACCCGUUUUAUUGGUGCAGAGAGAACUGGCCAAACCAGGAGAUGAGGAAGGUUUACACCACGGUUCUGUUUGCAAACAUCUAUCUAGCUCCACUUUCCCUCAUAGUGAUCAUGUACGCCCGGAUUGGCAUCACGCUUUUCAAAACUUCAGUUCCGACAGCAGGAAAGCUGGGCCAUGAAAACCGGCACACUGUUUCAAAGAAAAAGCAAAGGGUGAUUAAAAUGCUUCUAGUAGUUGCUUUGCUUUUCAUCCUUUCCUGGUUACCUCUGUGGACCCUCAUGAUGUUGAGCGACUACGCCAGCCUGACUGAGCAGCAGUACAGAAUCAUCAACAUUUACAUUUACCCCUUUGCUCACUGGCUAGCCUUCUUCAACAGCAGCGUCAAUCCCAUCAUUUAUGGUUUCUUCAACGAGAAUUUCCGCAGAGGAUUUCAAGCUGUGUUCAAGUUCAGCCUGUGCACGGCGGACGGACAGCGGAGGAAAACCUACUCACACAGGCUGCAGGGAAACUCUGUGCUCCCAGCUAACAACGCACAGACGUCCCUGGAGCCUAUUUCUCUCAACAGUCUAGAUAAGAACACUUCCAGGCGACUCAAUCAUGUCACUGAACAGGACUUGGUAAUGGAGGACCUGGAGAAGGCUUCUUGCAGCAGCGGGGGGGGUAACUGCAGUUUCCAUUUGAUAAAACGUUAUCAAAGGUGUUCAAAUCAAAUGUCUGAAAAUUGCCUGCAUCAUUGAAACAUUAUUCAUCCAAAACCGCUUAGUAGUAGUUUGUCCAAGGCAAUGAAGAUACUUAUCCUUGAAAUGACAUAUAAAGCAUUCAUUUAUUACUUGGUUUGUCUUGAAGCGGGCUACCUGCGAUAAAUAUGUGUCCAAAACAGAUGCCUAAAUAACCAAUCAAAAAAAAUAGAACACUCAUUUUGUUGAACACAGUUCCUUAUCACCUGGAAGCCACAUGAUGUAUGUUGCACAUAUUGUGCCAUGUUAAAAAUGGACGCAGGUUGUGCGGCAUGUUGGAAUUGUUAUUUUCAAAAGGGGGAAAAUCUUGUUGGAUAGUGCGUCCUUUUUCAAUUUGGAUUGGUAAUAAGUACAUUGAUAACAGGCUACGGGCCUGCUCAUGACAUGCAAAACAAAAAACCUGUAUACAUGUAUAAAAAUCAAUCAAACGUGUACAGUAUGUACUAUGAUGUAUGCAGAGCAGAUUUCAAAAGUCAAGUCACUUCAACACAAAUAAUUCAACGUUUUUAUAAGAUGCACACUGGAUGAAUUCAUCAUGUAUUCACUGUUACUGAUCAUGAAAACCUGAGUGGUACUGUGGUCUGUAAACCUGCUUUUGAACAAGGCUUAGAAAUCAAGGGCUAAAACAUGAACUCAAGCAGUUGAACACGGUGACAGAAGUUGAAGUAACAAUCUUUCGAGUAGGCGUGACAGUACAAUUACUUUUUUCAAGACCUUAUUUAUACUUCGGCGAACAAAACUUUACAGAGGGAGGAUGAACUCAAGCAAGCGAUCACGGCUUUAAAUUUGUGAGAUCGUUUUCAGACUUAAUAAUGACAAUGAGCCCUUGUUUAUGUAAUUCAGACUAAAACAGGGCAUACACUAAUACUUAAUUAGUGUAAAGCUUUUCACGCUCCUGGAAUUGCUAAACUGCAAAUAUAUUAUCGACUUUUGCAUUUUACAUGGCUAUUUUGUAUACAUUUGCAACAGUCUGAUUAAGUCUGCUUUGUCAGCUGCUGCUCUCUUCUAGCCUGUGGAUUUAAUCCUUUGUCUUUUCAGUCUUUCUGAAAAAUGUCCCUGUGUUUCCUAUCCGUAUUAUGGGAUACAAAUGACAUCUGGUUAGUAAAUGUGAACAUGUUGCCAUUUUAAUCAGGAUUGCUCAUUAGCAUUUACCAACUGCAGGCUGCAGCUUUGACAGCAUGCCGUUGGCUAACACUCAUUAUACUGAGAAAAAGUAAUCAUACGUUCAUAUAAUUACUGUAAUGUUGGACACCUCUGUCAGUGGCAAUGUUGUUUCUCAAAAUUCUACCCACAUAUCUCAGAAACUAAUGAGAAAGAAAAUGUCUUUGAAUUAUGUUUUUCUUUCAAUUAACUUCAUUUCACUGAAGGGGUUUUUCCUUUGAUAACAACAUUUGUAAUGUAAGUUAUUUCUUUGAGUUUACACAUCUCAUCCACCAUGUUUCUGUUGAUUGUGUUUUUAGAUAGGUAAAACAGCCAUCAAUAUGAUAGUCUUUUUUGAAUCACUGAGAAAGGAAGGUUUACAGGGUUUGGAGAUAAUCCAGCAGAUAUCAUUUCAAACCAAUAGCACACAAUGGAAAUGUAUAUUCUGACAGAAACUGUGAAUUGUCACACCAUUUAACAAUGGAGAUUGUUGUUAAUAUACAAAACAUAUAAUAUAAAUUCCAAAUUCUGACUAUGUGAGCCAUCUUUUUCAAUUUCAAUUUGUAUUCUGAAAUCUGCUCUGUGUACAUUGGGUUUUAUGUUGCUGAAUAUAGUAUUGAUUAUUCAUGAAUAUCUCAUGAGCCUCUUAUGAAUGUGCCAUGUAAAUCUCAGAUAAAGUGUUUUGCUGUUAUUUUAUUUUGUAUCUCUCUGUCUUGUACUGUAAAUGGGAAAACGGUGGGCCUGCAUUUGCCCCAAAAUAUGUAUCGUCUGCUGUAAGUAUAUGUUACUAAGUCUAAAGCUGAAAUUACAAGUGAUAUCUGUCUGUGUGAACUGGCUAUAGUAUUCUUGCUGGGUAGUGUACUGAACGACCUUUGUCUCAGGCUGUUUUACAUUAUUUACAUUUCUACAGUUGUUGGCGUCAGUAAAAUGUUCUCAAAAAGGGGUCCAUUUUGAAAAAUUGUGCAGGAAAGACAUAACAAUUGUAAAGUAAAACCAACCUUAAGGGACAUGGUAAACUCCGGUGGUCAUUGGAUGCCCUUAGCUCUUCAAUCUGUACGAUGGAAGUGUAGUAGUGAUCCUGCCCUGUUCAUAAGAACCUUAACAGCUCGGUUCGAUCAACCUCUCUCAGCUUGUUGUAGCAACACCUUGUAUGAGAAAACGAAAAAAAUAUCUGCACUAAAGGUUAAUUCAAGGAAACAUAAAAUUGAUUGUUCAGAGUGAGGCCGUGUUUAGCCAAACAGCUAAGAAAAAGCUAAGGACAAAGGGGAGUUUUAGUGGAAACCUGCUUUAUGAGGAGGAAAUAGUCUGAGAGUAAAAACUCAGACAACAAAGACACACUGAUUGUGGUGGAGACUGGGCACUUUAAAAUACAUUUUGUCUGAUUCUCCUAAUUUAGGAGUUUUCAUAACUGCAAAUUGUGCAACUACCAACUGAGUCGCAAAUCAGUGCUUAAUCAGAGAAGUUCCCAAAAGCAUUGACAUUAGCAUUUUCUACUGUAAAAUCGAAUAGCUCUUUUGUGACAAUGUGCUAUACAAUAUAUAUUUUUUACAGGUCGAUAAAAAUAAUUCAAUUUGAAGGUUGUAAUGCAGAGUUGAAACUAAGACCCUUCACAUCUAUUUUCUCAGGCUUUCAGCCAAAUGUCUUUAGUAUCUGGCUGCGCUCCAUUUAAAAUGUCCACUGGAAAUGUGUCACAAGCGGAGCAUCGGUUGUUAAGCCACGUUUUCUAGACACCUUCAUGUUGUACCACAGUUAUAUAGCGGCUCAUUUAGGUGCGUAAAUGCUGUACUUAGUCAUGACAAGCUUUAGUAGUUUCCAUAUUUUUCAGUCAUUACUUAUUUUAUAUUUCAAAACAGCCAAUUGCACAGCAAAUCUGCUGACAUUAACUUGUAGUUGUUUAAAUGUGGUGAUUAUAAAAUUAUAAUUAGUUUUCUAAGUGCAGUUCAGCAGCUUUGUAUUGAUUGCAGAGCAACAUGGUAUUUAUGAGACGCCAUCAAUGUUUAAUCUCGCUGUACUAUCUGACGACAGCGAUCAUUGGCUGGUAGUCUGCUUGUGUGAGGCGUGAAAGGCGGGUACAAGUGAUGCCUUAGCCAGCAUUUAAAAAUAUAUUUGACACUUGUCAUUAGCAGAAACCUUCAAUCUUGACAAGUUGUCCACUAAGAUAAUCAUCCCGUUCAUUGAACAGCAAUAGGAAACCUGGGGAAAGCUUUUUACCCCUUUAUGGAUGCAAGUUAUGAAUUGUUAGAUUAAAUUAGUCUCAAUCAAUGUUAAUUUGUGAAGAAUAAAAAAAUAGGACUUGCCAUGUUCAUCUACUAUGACGUCAAUACAUUGUUUUAAUUGGCAGAAAAAAGGAGACCGUAUAUUUUAGAAUGUAAUUCCCACAUCAGGUAUAAUGCGGCAGAUUACAACUAGGAAGAUUAGAUUAAUUUACUCUAAUUAAAGUUGACAAUUAAAAUCGUGCCCUCAUUGGUCAUGUGCACUUUCGUGUGUGUUGGAGGAGGGGCUCUGUAAGGAAGUGGCAGAUUUCUUCCGGCUGUGUAUUUUCAAAUUCUAGCGCACUCGAGCUGGUUUCUCCAAAAUUACCUACCCCACCUUUUAGUCAACCAAAACAAGAUGGACAGGGUAAAGUUGACGAUACAUUAUAAAAGAAAAAAAAGGCUGAUUAAAAUAAUAGCUGACGAAAUGAACACAAAUCUCAAUGCUUUCAAAAGAAAUCCCACAGGGAUCAGGAAACAAACUGCCAUUUAUUCAGGGGACCUCUUAUGGCACCAGACAUGGCUGCUAAGAGUUUCCUAACACCAGCCAGCCUCCGUACUGAACUCACACCCAUGUUUUUCAUGCUCAUAACUCAUUCUGCCGUGGUUUGUUACUGUCUUCAGCAGUCAGACCUCCAGUGAGAGCCCAGUUGAAAGGUUUCAUGCCUCCCUUUAUACCCAAAAGGGAAGCAUGAAACCUUUUGGUCACCAUUGCAUGUGUUAACGCAUCAGCGUUAACACAUGCAAUGGUGACCCUGAUCUGAUCCUCCUUUUGAACAGCCAGUUCACAUACACCGCUGCUCACCUGGGGCAGAGUGCUAUUAUUUAUUAUACAUUCUGACUUCCUCUGAUAUUCUGCCGUACCGACCAUCUGGAAACCUGGUUCAUAAAUCCAGAUUUUAAUUAGAUGCAAUUUUUGGCUACUAAAGAGUGCAUUUAUGUGUGUUAAUUGUACGCUACAACGGAUUGUGGGCGAAAUGCCAUGGUAAAGUGUAAUUGCAUUUCAUUUAAUUUUUCAGAAUCUAUUCAAUGUGAUUUAGCUUCUUGAAAUUGAAUUAAGAUUUAGAAUUACCAGCUCAGAAGUUGUACCACUAACCAUAAAUCCAUCCUCAUUCACAAGCCUCACAGUCACAGCUUAAAAACAUCAGGAAGCCAUGUUGUUUGUUCCCAUUUUAGCUCACAGUUCCCAAAAUAUACCUUUUUAUAAUAAUGUUGGUUAUGAUUGGGAAUCAUUGCCAACACUACUGUAUCCCCGAGUUUUGGUACAGAUGUUUUAACUAAAUAAGCAGGAACUGCUCCAUGCAGUUAACUUUGCCUAUAUAUAUAAAGUCUUACGUUUCAUAUUUACAGUAAAUCAGGAAAAUAUACCAAAAAUAACUGCUCAUUGUAUUGAAAUUAGCUUUCCACUUUCUACACAAACGCCAACUGCCAACACCUGAUCAAAAAAAGAAAAAAUGUCAUAAAAAUGGAAGGAGAAAAAAAAAUGUUGUAUUUGUUUUCUAACAGCCGUUAUAAUAAUUCAUUUAUUUUAUAUAGGCGCCUUUCAAGGCUCUCAAGGUCGCCGUA